AUGGCUGUUAACGACUUCCAGUUCAGACCCGGGGCCUACCAAGUAGGAGUUACCAAGCUGUUUCUGAAGGAGGAGGUGUACCAGUUGCUGGAGUCUAAGAGAGAGCGUGUCCGUCAGGUGGCGGCCCUCACCCUGCAGAGAUACACGCGCAUGUUCUUCGUCAGGAAACGGUACACGGAGUUCAGGACCAAGAUCGUCAGACUACAGGCCUACUGUAGAGGCUUCCUCACCAGGAAGCGCUAUUUGAAGAUGAGGAAGAGUCUGGUGAAGUUCCGUUCUCUCGUCCACAUGUACGUCACCCGCAAGAGAUACAUCAAGAUGAAGCUGGAGGCCCGCAGGAAAGCAGAGGAGGAGAGGAGGAGGAGAGAGGAGGAGCUGUCGAAGAGAGAGGUGGUUAAUGUCUCUCACCUGGUGAUCCCUGCUGAGCUCGGCUCUUUACUGCAGGCUGCAGCAGGUGGCAGACAGCUCCAUGCUGAGAGUCUAGCUCUGGUCCAGGCACCACACAUCCCUGAGGAGAACCAGCUGACUCUGCCGCUGGACAUCAACAACAACCCCUUCAGCCGCUACGUACAGCUGCACUUCAGGGAGCCUAUGUUUGGGAUGCUAACGGUUCCCUUGGAGACGACCCUGACGUGUAUGGACGAGGACCUCCGACAGGAAGCUCUGGAGGUGUUCGUUAUGAUCCUGAGGUUCAUGGGCGACCCCCACCUGAACGGGGCUCAGGAGAACCUGUUUGGGAACUACAUAAUCCAGAGAGGACUGGCCAAUCAGGGCCUGCGAGACGAGAUCCUGGCUCAGCUGGCCAAUCAGGUGUGGCGGAACCCAAACCAUGACAACGCAGAGAGAGGCUGGCUGCUGCUGCUGGGCUGCACCUGCUGCUUCCCUCCAUCACCCAGGCUGCACACACACCUGCUGAAGUUUGUGUCUGACCACGCCCCUGCUGGUUGCCGGGCGCUGCUGCAGCACCGGCUGAUCCAGGCCAAUCAGAAGUCCCGGCUGUUAUCAGGCUCCGCCCCUGAGACAGCACGCACCUAUCCGCUGGCUCUGUUGGAGUGGACAGCCAAUAGGAAGAGGGCUAACAUGGUGCUGCAGGUGACCUGCUUCGACGGGGAAUCGUUCCUAUGUCCCGUCCAAUCCUGGACCAGUGGAGAAGAUCUGGCAGGAAACAUCCUACGACACAGGGGGGAGUGUGAGGAGUGGAGGGGCUGGUCUGUACUGAUGAAGGAGCAUGGGCAGUGGGCGGAGCUAGCCGGUCACGAUUACGUCAUGGAUCUGAUCUCAGACUUGGAGCUGCUGUCCGACUUCCCCAAACAGAAGAGUUACUUCAUCAUCUCAGCUGAGGAUCCGAAUAGAGUUCGAACCAACGCCAGGCUGACUCUGUUUGGCAGUGGUUUUGACAGUGAUGACGAGCCGCCCUUCAUCAGCACCACCCAACCUGCGUACAGCCGACCAGACUCUGACGGAUACUCCAGCCACGUGGAGGCUGAUGUGAUCGGCGACGGUCCGACUCAGAGAGGAGUGGAUCGCUACCUGGACAGCCUCUUCGCCCCUGUGUUGUCAGACGGCAGCACGGACCUGGACAAGCCAGCCGGUAUGACAGGCCGGAUGAAGGGAGGAGGAGGAAUAGGAGGAGGAGGAGGAAUAGGAGGAGGAGAGGAGGAGAGGAGUCAGGCCCCUGCCAGCAGACCAUAUCCCCCAGGACUACAGCCCGGAGGUCUGUCUGUCUGUCUGUCUGUCUGUCUGUCUGUCUGUCUGUCUGUCUGUCUGUCUGUCUGUCUGUCUGUCUGUCUGUCUGUACCUCCAAUUUCCCGGGGAAGAGGGAUGUCUAGUCCUGCUCUGUCUGUCUGUCUGUCUGUCUGUCUGUCUGUCUGUCUGUACCACCAGCAGUACCAGGCUCCUGCCUCACCCCCCUGCUACCUACCACCCCUACCACACCCAGCCUCCCUCUCCUGCCUCACCCCCCUGCUGCCCACCACCCCUACCACACCCAGCCUCCCCCUCCUGCUUCACCUCCUGCUGCCCACCACCCCUACCACACCCAGCCUCCCCCUCCUGCUUCACCCCCUGCUGCCCACCACCCCUACCACACCCAGCCUCCACCUCCUGCUUCACCCCCUGCUGCCCACCACCCCUACCACACCCAGCGUCCCCCUCCUGCUUCACCCCUGCUGCCCCUCCCCUUGCCAUGCCCCCCCUCCAUGGGAUGCCCCUCAUGCCUUCCAUGCCAGGUCUACCUCUGAUGCCAGGUGUGAUGCCAGAACCUGUCUGUCUGUUACUCCAGGUUCUCCAGACCAGACAGGGAUGGCUCAGCAGCAGCAGACUAUCAUCAACCAGCAAGCCAUCAUACUGGCUCAGCAGAUGACCAUGCAGGCAAUGGCCUUCCAGCAGCAGAUGCUGUCUUCCUUCCCCCCAGGCCCCUCCCACACAACCACCCCCCGCACCUCCAGCCAUGUGAGUCCGACACGGGCCCCCCCUCCUGAUGACAUGGUGCGGUCCAGGGCCCCCCCUCCUGAAGGAGUGGUCCAAUCCAGCGUGUCUAACUCAGAAAGCCCCUCCCACAACAUCAAGGAUAUGAUCAAACAGUACCAACACCCAUCUAACCCUGCACCCAGCCAGCCUGCACACACACACAGGAAGGGGGAGGGGAAGAUGUUUGUGAAGAAGCCGGACCCUCAUGAUGAAGCCAUGUACAUCCUGAAAGACCAGAUGAGCAACCCACCACCACAGAAGUCUUUCUCUCCGGCGGCGCCUCGGGAACCAAGGGAGGAGGGUGGAUCCAAAGUCACCAAGGCAACCAAACCCCGCCCACCUGCCCUAGCCGUCUCCCACAGCAGCCCCCUCCCUCCACCAGUGUCCAGAGAGCUGCCUGUAGAGGAAGAGACCAGCCAGACCCAACUCCAUCACAGGAGUAGUGAAGAACACUACACUUACACCAACACACCCUGGAAGAUUUACCUGAGGAAGGAGGUGUUCUACCCUGAAGACAACUUCAACACUCCUCUGCUGCUGGACCUGCUGUUCAGACAGAUAGUCCAUGACACCUACUCGGAGGCCUGCAUCCGCAUCACUCAGGAGGAGAGGACCAAGAUGAAGGCUCUGUUUGUAGAGAAUCAGGUUGGCCAGGAUGGCGCCACACAGGAUGAGAGUCUCAAGAAGAAAAUCGUGACGACGGCCAAAGACUCCUGGGAAAUAUAUUUCUCACGACUCUUCCCUGCCUCGGGCAGUGUGGGUACUGGGGUCCAGGUGGUCUCAGUGUCUCAUCGCGGCGUCAAGCUGCUGAAGACUGUGAGAAGCAGCUCUGUUGCCCCGGACUACUUCAGAGUACUACGCCCUUACAGUUACGCGGACAUCCUGUUUGUGUCCAUUCCAUCUAAGAACAUGUUGGAGUUUAACCUGACCAAUGAGAAGCUGAUUCUGUUCUCCGCCAAGGCUCCACAGGUCAAACACAUGGUGGACUACUUCAUCACUGAACUGAAGAAGGACUCUGAGUUUGUGGUGGCAGUGAGGAACUACAUUACAGAGGACAGAACUCUGCUCAGCUUCCACAAGGGAGACGUCAUCAGAUUACACAGCGUGGAGGGACUGGAGGAAGGCCAACGCUACGGCUGCAUCAUCAGGAAGAAGGUUGUGCUGCUGGAGGAACUAAACAGAGAUACCUCUGAGUUUGGUGGGUGGGGUGUGUGUGUGUGUGUGUGUGUGUGUGUGUGUGUGUGUGUGUGUGUGUGUGUGUGUGUGUGUGUGUGUGUGUGUGUGUGGUUGACUUGCAUGCGACUAACAGCCCGUCGUGUUUGGAUUGUGUUCUGGUUGCUGUGCUGGCGGUACGGGGCGGUCUACGGGCGAUGGGGUGUGUUUCCAGGUGAGUGUGUCCAGCCGGUCGCCGCUCCAGACUUCCUGGUUCUCCCUGCUGAGAGGGCGGAGCCUCGCGACAGACACGGCCGUGUUGCCGCCUCCGCUGCGGUCGCCGUGGCGAUGGGCUCUACUGUCGCCGCCCAUGAACUGGACCUCAACACAGAGGCUGUGGUGGGCUAUGGUGAAGACAGCAGUAUUCUCCAGGUGGAAGGGCUCCCUCUACAGGCCAGUCAGUAUAACAUGGAGGAAUUCUCCAGGAAGUACUACAGACGGACUCAGCAGGAAACCAGGAAGGGGAAGGACAGCAGAAAACCAGCUGACAUGGUUAAAUACUCUAAGUCCCCUCUCCAGGAGUCCCUGAUAGACUUCACAGACAGCAACAUGAACAAGGUAGCGGCUGACAUCUCCCUGGCUGUGAUGAAGUUCAUGGGGGAUUACCCUCUGAGGGGACAGACAGAACAGGAGCUGGUCUCCACUAUCCUAAAGCUCAGUGGGGAGCACGGUCUGAUGAAAGAUGAAGCCUACUGCCAGGUGAUGAAACAGGUCACAGGAAACACCAGCUGCAAAACGGACAGCUGUCAGAGAGGCUGGAGGCUGCUCUACAUCCUGUCUGCUUUCCAUCGGUGUUCUGAGGUCCUGAAGCCCUUCCUGGUAAAGUUCCUCCUGGACGCCGUCUGUAGUCCUGGGGUCCAUUACCAAGGUAUAGCCAAGGCGUGUGAGCAGAACCUGAGGAAGACUUUCCAGUGCGGAGGAAGAGUAGAACACCCCAACAGCAUGGAACUGAAGGCUAUGCUGGCUGGGCGGAGCUCCAAGAGACAGUUGUUCCUCCUACCAGGCGGCAUCGAGAGACAUCUCAAAAUCAAGACCUGCUCAGUGUCUCUGGAUGCCAUAGAGGAGCUAUGUAAUGACAUGGGACUGCACAGACUGGAGGCCAUGGAUGAGUACGCUAUAUUCCUGGUUAUUCACCGAGGUCAGAAUGUCCGUCCCCUCAAUAAGAGAGAGUACAUCCUGGACAUUACUACGGAGGCGGAGCCAGUGGACAGUAACUACAGCCUGUGGUUCAGGAGGGUCGUCUGGACUCAGACGCUCAAAGUUGACAACGAGCUCUGUGUCACCAUGCAUUAUAACCAGGUGUUGCCAGACUAUCUGAAGGCCUUGCUGAGUGUGGUUGCUCAGAGUAAAGCCAGUGAGCAGCAGCUGCAGCAGCUGGCCAAGCUGGGAGCAUUACAGCACCGGGCUAAAGAUACCGUCUUCCUGCCCAGCAUAGGUGAGGUCCAGGACUAUGUCCCUCCACAGCUCUACAUCAGACAGCCUCCUCAGUCCUGGCUCAACAUGGUCACUCAGCAUAUGCAGCAGGUCUCUCCUCUGAGUCCUCACCAGGCCAAGGCUCAGUUCCUCGGUCUGGUCAGCACAUUCCCCAUGUUUGGCUCCUCCUUCUUCUACAUCCAGUCCAGCAGCAGCAUCUCCAUCCCGGCUCCCUGUGUGCUGGCUGUCAACCAGAACGGCCUGCACUUCCUGCACAAGGACUCGCAUGAGGCCACGGUGCGUUACCCUCUGAAGGACAUCCAGUCCACCAGAACCCAGAGACCAACAGGGGCCUCCAGUUCGUCCUGUCCCUACGUAGACAUUCUGCUGGGAGACCUGCUGACUCAGCGCAUCACACAGCUGCACCUGGAACAGGGUCUGGAGCUGUGUCGGGUCAUUGCCAUGCACAUGGAGAACAUGCUGUCUGUCCGGGAGAAGAGACUCACCCUGCCACCUAGCGAGAUCACUCUGUUAUAACACACUGUCUGUCUGUCUGUCUGUCUGUCUGUCUGUCUGUCUGUCUGUCUGUCUGUCUGUCUGGGAGAAGAGACUCUGGUAGAUUUGAUCGUUCUGUCUCUGAAUCAGCGGCGGAGGUGUUUUCAGAUGGACCAUCUCUUCCUGAAUCAGCGGAGGUGUUUUCAGAUGGACCAUCUCUUCCUGAAUCAGCGGCGGAGGUGUUUUCAGAUGGACCAUCUCUUCCUGAAUCAGCGGAGGUGUUUUCAGAUGGACCAUCUCUUCCUGAAUCAGCGGCGGAGGUGUUUUCAGAUGGACCAUCUCUUCCUGAAUCAGCGGCGGAGGUGUUUUCAGAUGGACCAUCUCUUCCUGAAUCAGCGGCGGAGGUGUUUUCAGAUGGACCAUCUCUUCCUGAAUCAGCGGCGGAGGUGUUUUCAGAUGGACCAUCUCUUCCUGAAUCAGCGGAGGUGUUUUCAGAUGGACCAUCUCUUCCUGAAUCAGCGGCGGAGGUGUUUUCAGAUGGACCAUCUCUUCCUGAAUCAGCGGAGAGUGUUUUCAGAUGGACCAUCUCUUCCUGAAUCAGCGGCGGAGGUGUUUUCAGAUGGACCAUCUCUUCCUGAAUCAGCGGAGGUGUUUUCAGUCUCGUAGUCUCUCUUCUCUGGCAAUAAAAGUCCUGCAUCAGAUAACAACCAUAAAUUAGCCUGGCGGUGGUUUUGGGGUUGAGAGGGAACUUGGGGGAGGUUGGAAUUACACUCGACGAUGUGGACUGACGGUUUAGACACGUGUUGGUUUCUCUCCGUCUAAAACCAGAAAUGAAUAAUAAAUAAAUAAUUCUAAACAACAAACUUUAUUUACCACGGUGUGGAAGAGUGACAGAUCCUCUGUUAUAAUAAAGAAGGAGUUUCUGAAACACGGAAGUCCGUCGUUUACUGAUGAUGAAAGAAGAAACGGGGAUUUCCGUCUUUAUUAGUAAAGAAAUGUUUUUAACCAAGUUAAUCUGAUCAUGUUGUGUGUGUGUCUGUGUAAUUAUUUGUGACAUUGUGGUUACGAUGAAGAUUGUAAACUAAAUAAAUCAAAUUCAUAAUUGAA